CAAAACAUUGUAAGGUUCAAGGUAGCAAUCGAAGGCAUAAACAGACAGUAAGCUUGUGAGUCAGUGAGGUGUGAUCGUGCGCAGACGCAACGCUUUAUCGGACCGUUUUAAGGAUGUCUCCGGCAGCAUCGUUUGGUGAGCGAUGGGCCCGUGACAACCUGAUAAGGAAAACGUCACCUGAUGAGCUGAGUGUCCUCAAUUUGUUUCCAUUGACUUGUGAUGGAGAUGAAGAGGAAGCAGCUACAAGAGCUCGGAAGUACUACAAUGCAAGAGGACCUGGUGGACUAACAGAGCUAUGGCACAAACGGCAUCCAGAUGAUGAAGAUAUACUAUCAAGCUGUCAAGAUGUAUUUAUAGUACCACUUCGCGCUCGGAGUGCCGGUGGCCGAAGAUUGACGUUUGUGAAACUACCCGCAACCACAGCUUUAUGUAGACCACUUGCUGCACGAGCUUUAUUGGCACGGUGGCUCAUGGUUUUGGAUAUAAGAUUACGUGAGGAUCCAACUCCGGGUGAAGAAGUAGUUGUUAUAGAUGUGUGUGACUUACAGCCCACGCAUAUCAAGAAUCACUUCAAAGGGUCCUACUGGAAGGACUUCAUAGGGUGCAUGAGAACCACGUACCCGAUUCGAUUCUCCGAAGUACACAUAAUCAAUACUGGCCGACUAAAAGUGGUGUCUCUUCUCAUGCUCCACAUCGGACUCUACCCAUGGCGCCGCAAGAUAAUUCACAUGCAUCAGAAUAUUCACAAGCUGAACAACAUUAUGGGAGCUGAUUACUUUCCACCCGAAGGUCUACCAUAUGAAUAUGGAGGAAGAGCAGGUGCAAUGAAGGAUCUCAAUGACGAAUGGACGAAGAAACUUCUACUUAACUCGAAGUGGCUCCAAAAAGAAGAAAGGAAGUUCUACCAAACAGAAUUAAAGUCAGAUAGUCGCAGAAGACAUAGAAACUCUCUGAAGAAUUUGCUGAGUAACAGUUCCUAUGACAUUUCAAGGAGUCAGUCAUGUCGGUCUCUUGACACCAACAUUGACGAAAGUGCCUAUGGCGCUUAUAGGUUACUGAAGUUGGAUAAUACUUUUCACGUAUAAAAUUGAUUUUAUGGUAGGAAAUUUUAAUUUUUAAAACAAAACAAACACUUGCAUUGUAUUAUAGUAUUGACAUUCGAUAUAAUUAAUUGUUUAAAAGCUUAAUGAUGAUAUAUGGUCAGAUAUAUGUUCUAAGUAAAAUGUUUGAUUAAAAAUUUACUUAUGGGCCUACCUAAAAGUGGCCUGUUUGCGAGUAACUUAUGACGUGUAUUUUCAGAGGCUGUGGUUAUUAGUUAGUUACCAUAGCACAAUCCUCGCCCACUUCGGAUUUCUAGUUUUUAUUUAAAUUUUGAAUACUGUUUAGAAUCACAACUUAAGCACUUAAGGCCAAAACAUGAAAUUUUUCUUCCAAAGCGAAUUUGUUAAGAGUUUGUGACAUAAGGGACAGUAUUAUUUGAUCUUCUCAAAUCUAAUUGAUCUAUUGUAAAUCUGUACUUUUUAAAAAUAAAUACUCUUUUUUAUGUUUUA